AUGUUUACAUCCAAUUUGGUUGGACAGCAAAUUCUAGAUUAUAAUAAUUAUAUAUUUGUCACUGCAUACAAAGUUGAAUGGUACGUAAUUCCUUUACUCAUACAAAGGCUAAUACUGAUUUUGCUGCAAAGAGGUAGUAAAAGUUUUGGCUUAAAAAUCGGUAGAUUGUUUGUAGCGUCCUUUGAAUUCUUUGCCACGUUAAUAAGUGUAUCCCUUUCUUAUUUUACUGUUAUGUAUUCAAUGCGAUCAUAA